AUGAUGGUAACGAACCGGAUAGUGUCAAGAGGAUAUGAAGCAAGACCAGCACCAAUAGUAACACCCCAUCCGAGCAUGAAGGAAGCAAAGAAGCUACCCUGGAGAGCACCGACGAGCACAACGGCUGAUGUAAAGGAAUACGACAUACUAGAGACCACGGUAGACGAUAAUACCAACGACGGAGGGAACGAAUCCUCGGUAAAGACCGGCAAUACCGUCCGACUUGAGGGUCUUCCUGUAAACAUCGACGAGACCAUUGAAUUGACGCUCUCCUCCACCCUUGGCGGAUUUGGCGUCGUUGGCAAGACGGGUACGAGCAUAGUCGAGGGAGUACACGAAGAGCAAGGACGAAGCACCAGCAGCACCACCAGAAGCAACGUUACCAGCGAACCACUUCCAGUAACCGUCGUCCUUCUUGAAGCCGAAGAGGGACUUGAAAGAAGAGAAAUAGUACUGACUGAAGGCAAAGUUGAGGGCCUGGGUAGGGAAGUAACGAAUGACGUUGGCGGUGUUGCCUCUCCAGAGGGAGACGAGACCUUCAUCGCGAUAUGUGCGGCUGAAGCAGUCCACGAUGCCGUUGGGGAUUUUAGGAAGAGUGGGGAUAGGGCCGGGUCUACGUUGAGGACUCGCUAUUUAUCGAAAAAAAAUCGACGUUCCGCUCAACCGCUUGCUUUGUCCCUGAGGCGGUACUCUCGCAAUUCCCUUUUCCUCAUGGCCUGUUCCAAAAAAGAUUUCUUUCACACUCAGGAGGAUCCGGCUAAACGACUAAUCUUCCUGACCCCACAUUGUGGAGGACAU